AUGGAUAAGGACAAGAAAAACCAGGUACCUCAUUGUUUGAUCCUACCAUAUCCAGCACAAGGUCACAUGAAUCCUAUGAUUCAAUUCUCAAAACGUUUAAUACAAAAACAAGUUAAGGUAACACUCAUAACCGUCACUUCUCUUUGGAAAACUAUUAGCAACAAAAACCUUACUUCAAUCGAAGUUGAAAGCAUCUCAGAUGGAUAUGAUGAAGGAGGCUUAUCAGCAGCAGAAAGCUUAGAGAUUUACAAAGAAACCUUUUGGAGAGUUGGAUCAGAGUCACUUUCUGAGCUUCUUCACAAACUUUCCACCUCAGAAAAUCCACCAAGUUGUGUUAUCUUUGAUGCAUUUUUGCCUUGGGCUCUUGAUGUUGGUAAGAGUUUUGGGUUAAUUGGUGUGGCUUUUUUCACUCAAUCUUGUUCUGUUAAUAGUAUUUAUUUUCAGACUCAUGAGAAGGUUAUUGAGUUACCACUUUCAAAAUCUGAGUAUUUGUUGCCUGGAUUGCCGAAACUUGCUCAAGGGGAUUUCCCUUCUUUUUUGUCUAAGUAUGGAUCUUAUCCGGCUUACUUUGACAUAGUGGUCAAUCAAUUUGACAAUAUUGGUAAAGCUGAUUGGAUUCUUGCAAACUCAAUCUAUGAACUUGAAAAUGAGGUGGUGGAUUGGUUGGUGAAGAUUUGGCCAUUAAAGACAAUAGGACCAUCAAUACCAUCUAUGUUAUUAGACAAAAGACUCAAAGAUGACAAAGAAUAUGGUAUUAACCUCUCAGAUCCAAACACAGAAUUUUGCAUCAAAUGGCUUAAUGACAAACCAAAAGGAUCAGUUGUUUAUGUCUCAUUUGGAAGCAUGGCUGGUCUAAGUGAAGACCAAACACAUGAACUAGCUUAUGGAUUAAAACAAAGUGAAACUUUUUACUUAUGGGUUGUUAGAGAUUGUGACCAAAGUAAUCUCCCAAAAGGGUUUGAAAAAACAUCAAAAAAAGGUCUAAUAGUAACAUGGUCUCCACAACUUCUAGUGUUGACACAUGAAGCUGUUGGAUGUUUUGUAACACAUUGCGGUUGGAAUUCGACUUUGGAAGCUUUGAGCAUUGGUGUUCCAUUGAUUGCUAUGCCACUUUGGACUGAUCAAGUCACUAAUGCAAAACUUAUUGUUGAUGUUUGGAAAAUUGGAGUUAGAGCUGUUGCUGAUGAGAAAGGAAUUGUUAGAAGUGAAACUAUUAAGGAUUGUGUGAAGGAAAUUAUUGAGACAGAAAAAGGAAGUGAAAUAAGAAAAAGUGCUUUGAAAUGGAAGAAUUUGGCUAAGAGUUCUUUUGAUGAAGGUGGAAGAUCUGAUAAAAAUAUUGAAGAAUUUGUGAAUUCUUUAGCUAAAUUUUGA